AUGGAUUUAUUUACUCAUCAUUCUAAUAAUUUAAAGCAGAAUGUUAAUAUAAUAGAAUCAGUCUCUUCCCUUUCAGAACUAGCAAUCUUAGGAGAUUAAAAAGAAUCAGACAUCUUUGAGUAAUUUUAUAUUAUAAUCUAGUUAAUUUAUAGAAGAUAAGAUUAUAGAAGAAUUUGUAAGAACAUUAAAAUCAACUAAGGAUACCAAUAUAGUAAAUACAAUCUUGCAUUAAAUUUCAAUGCUAAUGUAACUUAUUCUUUAAUUUAUUAGAACAAAUAUUGGAAAAAAUAUUGUUGUGCUUCUUUCUUUGCCCUAAUUAAACGAAUUUAUUAUAUAUAACUAUGAUUUAAGUAAUGAUGAAACUUAGGAUUACUAUAUUAAUUUUAUUAAAAUUCUAUCAAAUAAGGUAACAAGAGAAAACAUCAAUUUAUUCUUUAAUUAAGUAAGAAUUCAUUAUAGUCUUAAUAGAAAUAUGCAUAAUUUCCACUAUUAUUAUAUUCUUAGAACUUUUAUAAUGCUAAAGAUAAUUUAACUAGAACAUAUACUAGACAUAUAUUAUUAUCAAUACUUUAAAUAGUAGAAAAUAGUUAAAUGGAAAAAGUACUCUUGCAAUAUCUUCAAUGUUAUCCAUUUCUUUAAGUGUUAACAAAUCAUAUUUCAUUUUUUAAAGAUCUUUUAUUUAAAUGGAGUAAAGAUCAAGAUUAUUAUCAUGAAGAAUUAAAAAAUAUGUAUUAUUUUUUUAAAGAUUUGUAUCAAAUAGCACAUUAUUUAGUUGAUGUAAUAAUAUUUAUUAUUAUUUAGAUCUUAGAUAAUUUAUUUUUAAAUAUUAUAAUUAUACCACUUCUUUAAACAUUCUAAUAGAAAGAUGAGAAUAUAAAAUAAUAAAGUACUCUGAUAAUAAAAAGUUUUUUCAAUGCUGAGAUAAUAUUUAGUAAAAGAAUACUUAUAAGUAUACUUAUACUAUUAUUCUCACCAGAAAUUCCUAAAAUUCAAUCAAUUUAAUUGGAAUUAAAUUAUUUACCAACAAAAGAUCCAGAAUUAGUAAAUUAAUGUACAAGAUUUUUUAAUAUUCCUUAAAAAGAGAGUAAAGAUGGUGAAAGAUUGAGUGGUUUAUUAUAAUCUAUCACUUAAACUAUUUCAUAUGUUUCAAAUAAUUCUAUAUUUGUUAAAGAAAUUCCAAAAUAAGAAUUAUAUGAAGCUUUGUAAUCUUUGGGAUACAUACAAAAAUUAAAUUAAGCUAUUUUAUUUAAAGAAAACAUAUUGUUUUAAGAUGAACAUACAAAUAAUUUGUAAAUAUUUUAUGUUAUAUUAUAUAGUCUUAAUGAAGAACAUUAUCAGUCAGUUUUAAUUCUUCUAGAAACUAUAGUAACAUAAAAUACUUUAUCUUUGAUAUCAGAAUCUUAAAAACAAAUAUUUAUAAUCAAUUUACUUAAUAUAAUGUAUGAAGAGCAAUACAAUAUACUUAAUACCUUAAAUAAUUGUUAAAAAUCAAUUUUAAUCAUUAAUUAAUUACUUGAAGUUUAAGACUAAAAUUUUUUAAUUUAAUAUAUUAGAUUUAAAUUAUUAAGACAAAUGGAAUAACAUAUUCAAUCUUAUACUAUUGAAUAUUAUAGAUAUUUUUCUUAAAUUUUAUAAUCAUUGUAAAAUAAAAAUAUUGAAAUAUAUAAUAAGAUUCCAGUAACUCAUUAGAUUAUUAAGUUCUUACUACUUUUAGAUUUAAGCUUUUAAAAAUAAUGGCUUAAGAAUCCAUUCUCUUAAACAAAAAAUCCUAAUAUUUAUAAAGAAUUAUCAUUUAAUGAUGGAUUAAUUAAAUUAUGUCAUUUAGAAAUCAUUACUUAAAAUUUAAAUUUUUAUUUAGAUUAAUGGAAAAUAAUCCCAUAAGAACAAAAAUAAACAAUAAUUUUUAUUAAUUUAAUAGAUGAUGAGAAAUUAGAAUUGGUUUUUCAAGAUGAAAAUGAAGCAGAAAUAUUUAAGUUAGAAGUAUAUCAAAGACAAUAAGAUUCAGAAUAGCAUGCUAUUUCUUAAAUAAUACUAUAAUUAUAGUAAUUAUACUUUUGA